AUGUUUUCAGAUAAGCAGAUGACCAACGCAGCCGACAACGACGUUAUCGAGCAGCCCGGUAGUAGCCGCCAAGUACGUUACACGGCCGCUGACAGCUCGCAGUACGCUACGACGACCGAUGAUCUCGCAGGCGCAGGAAGGGACGUGGCUCUGCGCUCCGGGGCGGCACCAACCGAUAAAUGGUCGGUGCAAUACUAUUGUGUGUCACGGAUGGUUUCUCGCGGGAAAAUUCCGCCGAGGCAUCGCCCGGCAACAUCCAUGCUUUUGUUUGGACCCCCGUCCGCGCGCAGGGCUCAGCCGCAGGAGCAAGUCCCGGGACCUCAAGAGGCUGCACGACGGCCGGGUCCGCGACCUCUUCAAGGGCUGGCUCCGCGACCUCUUCAAGGGCUGGCUCCGCGACCUCUUCAAGGGCUGGCUCCGCGACCUCUUCAAGGGCUGGCUCCGCGACCUCUUCAAGGGCUGGCUCCGCGACCUCUUCAAGGUCAAGGGCCGGCUCCGCAGCCGCCUCAGACGCAGAACGCUCAGAGGCCUCAGCAGAAGCGCGCCAGAGGACGCCGUUCACGCGGUGCCAAUCGUGGCGGCGUGCAGAAAUCUGGUCAGCAGGGGACAUCGUCUUCCAUGUCUGCUAGCGACCUCAUGGCCAGAAUCAACCGGGACCCGGAGCUCCUCAGACAGGUGGAGGAGCUCAUGUUGCGGAAGGAACAGGAGACCUCUCGGGCAGCCGUAGAGAGGGCCAAAAGGGCAGCCAUUUGCGGCAAUUGCCUCAAGGUUGGGCACACAGUCCGGGACUGUGCUCAACCGGCCGAUGACGGCUAUGUCCACGGCUGUCCUAUUUGUAACGGGUCUGAUCAUGAAUCAGCCCAGGGUUGUAAAAUGCAUUGGCCGCACCGCCUCGAAAGGAGGCUGUAUUGGGCAAUCGAGCAGCGCGCUCGGCGUCCAACUCUGGCCGCCUUUCCCAACUGGCUGGAUGUCUUCACCGAGGCCCGGAACGCGGGCAAUGACAUGGAGGCCUUGCCACAAAGCUUCCCGUGGACGCCACUCUUCAGCCGGACCCUCAUCCGGGAAUAUCCGGACACAAAACAUCCCUGGUCCAACUUUGACUACGUGGCCAACAACUCGUCCGCGUUGCCGGUGGAUCCUCUUGUGACGGACCAGGCCGCCGUCAUCGCAAACGACGCGGUGAUUCGCAGUCUACUCUCGAGACCGGUCAUUGGCAAUACUGGUGGCUGGCCAUGA